AUGGCGACCCCCGCCCCCGCCACCAAGACCACCUUCACCAUCGGCACACGCAAGUCCAAGCUUGCGCUGGAACAAACAGAAUUGGUCUCCGCUGCCUUGAAAAAGACACACCCGGAAUGUGAAUUCAAGAUCUUUUCCAAGGAGACGGCUGGCGAUCUCAACACAAAGAUUGCUCUGCGGGACUUCACAAGCAAAAACCUGUGGACCGAAGAGCUUGAAGAGCUCAUGAUGGACGGCCAAGUUGACCUGAUCGUCCACUCCCUCAAAGAUGUGCCGACCGUUCUACCUGCAAGCUGCACGCUUGGCCCGAUGAUGCCUCGCGAGGAUAGCAGAGACGUCCUGGUUGUGAAGCAAGGAUUGCCUUACAAGAGCUUAGCCGAAAUUCCUGCUGGGUCUAUUGUCGGCACUUCGUCUAUCCGCCGAACAGCGCAAUUGGCUCGCAAAUACCCGCAUCUGAAAGUCCUCGAUGUUCGCGGGAACAUUGGUACCCGCUUGGCCAAGUUGGACGCUGAAGACAGCCCCUAUACGUGCAUUAUCCUUGCAGCGGCUGGCUUGCUGCGACUGGAUCUGGGAGAUCGCAUCACGCAGUAUCUCGAUUCAAGCAGUGGAAUGCUUUACGCUGUCGGGCAAGGUGCUUUGGGUAUUGAAAUCCAAAAGGAUAACGUCGUCCUGCAAAGCAUGUUGAAUAAGAUUGGCCAUUGGGAGACGACCUAUGCUUGUCUCGCCGAGCGUAAUCUCCUGCGAACCCUCGAAGGCGGCUGCAGUGCUCCCCUCGGAGUGGAAACGGAAUGGGUGCAAACUGCCGAGGGCAAGAAGAAGCUUCGUAUGCGCUCUGUGGUCGUGAGUGUUGAUGGACAGCAAUGCGCUCAAGUUGAGAUUGAUGGCGAAGUCGACUCGACGGAGAGCGCAGAAGCCUUCGGCGUUACUGUGGCUCAGGCCCUGAUUGAGCAAGGUGCUGGGACCAUUUUGGAAGAAAUUCAACGUCAGAAGCUGGCCAAGGAGACUGCUUCCAAGUAA